AAGGUUCCAUUACCACUCUAUACUUUCAAAAUUAAAUUAGGAUUAGGACAUGAAGGUUAUUAGGAAAAAUCACACUUUAAAUAUUACACUAUAAAUAUAUGCUCGUGUAAGAGGAAAUAAAUUAUUCUCCUAAUAAGUGUGAAGAAUUCAAUGAUAUAAUAUGAUCUUCAUUAAUAUUUGAUUUCAUAGUAUGCCAAAUUUAGGCGAUUUGAUUUUAUUUAAUUUUUAAAGUAGUGGAUUCAUUUACAUAUAUGAUGAUCAAAUUAGGAAAUUGAUUUUAUCUUAAGACUAAAUUAUGAGAUUUGAUUAUGCAUUUUUUAAUAUAAAAAUUUUUAUUUUAUUUAUAUAAUUCUUAAAUGAUGAUAUUCAUUUAGAUUUAGAUUUUAUUCUGAUUGUGAUUCAGAGAACUAUUCCACCAUUUUAAUAUCAUCCCCCCAGCCCAGCCUUUCCAGACCCGUCAAACCCUUUUGAAACUUUUCUCUUAUCUCUGCAGCCGCCAUGGUUGAUUGGUCUAAUCUGCCUACUGACAUUUUAUGGGAAAUCACUAAGCACCUAACGUUGCUUGAGGAUUUGGUUGCUUUUGGUUCGGUUUGUUCUUUAUGGCGAUUUGUUGCAAUUAUGGUAAAGCCGGAAUUUUUAUUUAAACUCACCCCGUGGCUGAUGCUGGCACCAGAGAAGCCCACCGAUGAACGCAGUUUUUACAGUAUUUCGGAGGAUUCAAUUCGAUACUUUAUUUUACCUGAAGUUAAUUCAAGAAGAUGUUUAUCUUCAAAGGGCUGGCUUCUAACAGUCGCCGAAGCAGAUUUAAAUAUGGCUCUUUUGCAUCCCUUUUCACGAUUUGAAAUUGAAUUGCCUCAUGCCAAGACUUUCGAAUACCUCCACCAUUUUCAUCGAGGCGGCCUUGAUCCGACUCUGUUUCAUGUACAGUUAAUUUCUAAAUUUGUCUUAUCAUCCAAUCCCAUGUGCACACCAGAUUAUCUGGUAAUGGUUCUUUAUGGGUAUAUCGGAGAAGUUGCAUAUUGUAAACAUGGUGAUAAAUCAUGGACCAAAAUUAAGUCUCCCCCUAUUAAAUACCCAAAUUAUGAUAUCACCUAUUAUAAAGGGCUAUAUUAUGUCAUCAACUGGUUAGGUCAAAUAAUGCAGUGCGAUCUCACUACAAACGUUUUAGUAGAAGUUGCACAAAUACCGCAUGAACAGCCUUCAAGCUCCACUUUGUAUAUGAUGGAAUCGGCAGGAGCAUUGAUUGUGGUUAAACGAAUGAUCUAUUAUGAAGACUCUGAAGAGGUGACUUAUGGAACUACUGGAUUCAAGGUUUUUCAAGUGGAAUUGAGAAAUAAUAAGUGGAGUGAGAUGAAGGAUUUGGGUAAUAGAACUUUGUUUGUGGGUUAUAAUUCUUCAUUCUCUGCGGAGUCUUGUUAUUGCAAAUCUAAUUGCAUAUACUUUACUGAUGAUUGUUUGGAACAGUAUAUCUGCAAGGGGGAAGGAGGGCAGGAUAUAGGAAUUUAUAAUAUGCUGGAUGGUAGCAUUGAACCGUGUUUUCAUUUCCAGGGCAGUUCAUACAGUCGUGUUAAUCCACCUAUGUGGGUUCAACAAAUUUAGGUUUAACUUUACUUUUUUCAAAUUUAAUAGAAUUUGUCUUAAGAGUAUAUGAAUUUCUAUUUGUUGUUGAUUUCUAACUAGCAUAAAUAGAGUUAUUAAUUUUAUGUUUUAUGUUUAUCUUUAUUUGGGAGAAAUAUUGUAUAUUA